GUACCUGUAAAGGUGUCACGCGAUAUCGGAAUCAGAUUCCCGAAUCUGCCCGGCUUUUCGUCGAAUACAAUGCGACGUGAAGCACAACAGUUGACCGCGUCGAACGUCAAUGCAGCCGCAGGCACCACGUCGAACUCACCCACUACAGCUGCAAUCACAUAG